AAUGGAAAGAAAUAAAAUAUUAUAAAAGUCAGCUAUUCUAUAAUUCCUAACUUUAUGAAUGAAACAUUAAACUUUAAGCACAUUCCGCAGUGAUUAUAAUCUUAUCAAAAAAUAUCAACUGGUGUUUUGAAUUUUGGUUAACCCGUCAACAGUAACAGCUGACUGCCAGAUUGCCGACAAGAAACAAUGAAAUACUUUGAACGAGUAUUGCUUGAACAUUCAAAUUAGAGAUUGGUAUUUUAGUCAGGUUUGUUCCGUUAGGCGCGGCGGCCGCUCACUCGCGCGCGGACUGCCUUGGCGGCUAACGUGUAAAUAAAGUGUCGGAAAUAAUCGCUGGUGAAAGUUGGCGCAGAUGUCGCGUGAACAGUCGUCAAGAAAUGUCUACAGCUCGCUUGUACUUUGAAUAAAUUAAUUGGACAAUUUCUAAAGCGUGCCAUGGCUUUAACUGGUGAUUUUAUAUCGAAUAUUUACGUUCAAAUGUGAAGGUCGAGUGAAAACAGUGGAUAUCAUAGUUUGUUUCUGUAAAUGUUGUAUAUUUUCAUGAACUGAAGUGAUAAUGGCAUUAACCAUGGAACAGAAAAAUGAUCUUGAUUUUAUACUAAAGAAUUUGCUGGCUGGAGGUGUGGCAGGCAUGUGCGCCAAGACCACGGUAGCCCCACUAGACCGAAUGAAGAUCCUCCUCCAAGCCCAGUCGUCCCACUACAAGAACCACGGCGUACUCGGUGGCUUAACCGCCAUAGUCAAGAAGGAGUCCCUAAUAGCCCUGUACAAAGGCAAUGGCGCGCAAAUGGUCAGGAUAUUCCCGUAUGCAGCCACGCAGUUCACGAGCUUCGAGAUUUAUAAGAAGUACCUAAGCGGCGUCCACAUACCAGUAGUCCAACAUGGCGACAAGUUCGUCGCGGGAGCAGCGGCCGGUGUCACCGCCGUCACGCUCACGUACCCUCUGGACACCAUCCGUGCGCGCUUGGCCUUCCAGAUUACGGGGGAACACAAGUAUACCGGCAUCGCACAUGCUGCUACUACUAUGUUUAAAACGGAGGGUGGUAUCCGCGCUCUAUACCGCGGCUUCGUGCCCACCAUGAUGGGCAUGGUGCCGUACGCCGGCUUCAGCUUCUACUGCUUCGAGUACCUCAAGUUUAUCUGCAUGAAGUACGUGCCCACCACGCUGUGUAGGAAGUGCGAUAGGAAUACCGGAGGUCUAGUAUUAACAGUGCCAGGCAAGUUAGUGUGCGGUGGCCUAGCGGGGGCGGUCGCACAAUCCGUCUCCUACCCCCUCGAUGUGACUCGACGGCGCAUGCAACUGGCUUGCAUGGACGCUCAAACGGCUAAGUUUGGCACUGGCAUGGUGAAGACUCUGACCCUCAUAUACCGUGAGAACGGCGUAGUGAAGGGUUUGUACCGCGGCAUGAGCAUCAACUACAUCCGAGCGAUCCCCAUGGUCGCCACCUCCUUCUCCACAUACGAACUCAUGAAGCAACUGCUGCAUCUCGACACAGGAAUGAUGGUCUCGUAAUGGCGGCAAAAACAAAAUGGCGGGUUUCAUAUUUUCUGUCUUUACUGUCACUUGAACACUUAAGCUUACCUUUUGCUCGGAUUUUUGGUUCAGUGCAGUAAUUUGUAAUUUUUGAGUCUAUUUCAGCAGUUUCUGGUAAAUAUGAAUAGGCUGUAAAUAUGACUUAGGAUUGAAUUUCUUUGUAAACUAUUUAAAAUCACAUUAGUUCAACAAUUAAUUUUGAUUUAUAAAAUGACAACCAUUUUGUGCAUAUACACAAAAUAUGACCCAAUUUUUAUAGUUUUUCCACCCAUGACUAAAAAUUAAGCUAUAUGAGCGUUAGGCAACAUCAUAAUGGGGUUUUAAAACAUCCCUGUUUUAAGCAAAAACUACCCUAGUAUAAGCUUCAUACAGGACAGGCUAGAUAUCUUCUGUACUUAUACAAAUAUCAGUAUUUGAAACAUAAAUGCUCACUUAUACUUGUCACUAUAAAAUAAUAAAGUACACAUUUUGUAUUCUAAUUAAAAAACCUGUGAGUUUAAAAUUACGCUUCUUGUAAGCUUCUAGAACUUGGUAGUUGAAUGAAUAGUGUUGUUCUAUAUUCGUUGUGUAAUUUGUGGAAACUUUGCUCACUUCAACUUUUACUGUUCAAACAUUUUUUUUGUUUUUAACAGUCUUCUAAAUGUAAAUUGUAUACGCAAUAACGGAAUGAGUUGAAGGAAGGUAAUUUAUAAGUAGUUGGUUAGAUCACUGCAGAUUGCACUUAGCUUUCGGAUCUAAACCAAAAAUGUAAAGGCGUUUGGGUAAUUUCCCAUUAAAGGCUAUUUAUAAUAGACAAUAUUUAGUUUUAACUUUUGGAUAAGUAUAAAUUCUGUGCCUUUGCUACGUUUUGUCAUUCUUUGCUUAUUUCUAAAUAAGGCACAAAAAAUGUACUCUCACCAUAUUUAGUACAAUUCAAUUAUGUAAACUUAUUUAUGUCUUCAUGAGUCAAAGUAUUUUUAAUGUUUUGCUUAGAUUGGGGAUAUUAAAUAAAUUAUGAUAGGUGAAACUGUCAAUUGGAUUUUGGAAACGGGAGUACAGACUGAAAUGUUAACUAGUGGAGGUAAAAGCAUGGAAUAUUACAAUCAAGAGACUACAAGAGCUCUCAUUACAUAAAAGUUGCUCAGUCUCAUAAGACGACUGCUUGAGAAAAGCUUUAAAUGUUGGUGUGUUGUUUCAAUAACAGGGUGACAAGGCUAGUAUAUAAGAAUAUUCAUUCCACGCGUAUGUGAUGCGUCUUAUGUUUAAAACAUAUAUAAUACGUAUAUCUAAGUUAUACGCACAUAAAAUGUGUUUAUUUCGAUUGAAAGUUGGAACACUUUUCUUGUAAUAGCAUUGAUAAGAUCAAACACAUUCUAGUACAAUUUCUGUAAAUGUUUUAUAAGUUCGGCCAUUCAGAGAAUGCGUUCCUGACACGUCGCGAUUGAACUGACGACGUAACUUUG